GGGUUGCGUCAGUGUUUUGCAGGUUCUCUGCAGAUACUAACAACUGCUGCACUCAAUCCGGUUCAUACAGGUCUUUGUUAGUUUCAGUCUUUGUUACGGACUAUUUCAUCUGAAGAAAAGUAUCGAUGUUUCAUCGCAUCUGAGGAUAAACCGCACUGAAUAUCGAACAAUGCAGGAACAGCUGAUUUCCAGUCUUUCAUCUGAAGACUCAAGUCUUCCAUCCACUCCAACAUCUGACGCUCCUUCCAAGCGCUUGUCCUGGAGCAAACUAAUGCAGAAACUGCACAGCAGCCAAAGCCUGGACUCUGAUUCAGACACACACAGCAGCACAGAUGAUGCAUCAGAUGCAGGUUCCCUAACCCUACAAGAUCUGUCAGAAUCUGAUCUGUUUUUCGACCCCACCGAAGAGGCGUUGUGCAAAGAAGUGGUGCAACUCAUCGCACUUAACCUGACUGACGCCAAAGAUGGCGUCCUGCACUGCUCCAAACUCCUUAUUCCCGAGAAACUCCUGGAGCACAUCGGGCACGAGCUGGUGCACCUGUCCGUCAGCGAGCCCUGCGGCCUGCGCGGCGCGCUCAUCGACCUGUGCGUGGAGCAGGACGGCGGCUGCGAGGCCGCUGGGCAGAUCGCCGUGGACCCUUAUCUGGUGCCCACCUUCCAACUGACCCUAGUGCUGCGGCUGGACUCCAGGGGUCUCUGGCCGAAAAUCCAGGGGCUUUUCACGGGCAGAUCCCCGUCGUCUCCGGUUGUUAGACGUGCACUUAAACUGAGCACUGGAUUUAGAGUUAUUAAAAGAAAACUGUACAGCUCUGAAGAGCUUUUGAUUGAAGAAUGCUGAGACUGACUUCAUACAUGUCAUGAACUUUUACUAGGGUUUUUAAAUUUAAGCCUCUUGUAACCAUUUGCCCAUAAGAGGCCUGAAGUUACAAUCGUGUUGUAUGACUGUUUAAAGCAGUAUAUGCUGAUCUGUAGGGUGCAUUAAAAAGACUUUAUAUUAUGUUGCACUUUUGCUGACGUUCCACACAGUGAAGCAGGAGUUUUUGAAACGUUUACCUCAGGUUUAUGGAAACCAGAUAUGGCAGCUAUUUUCCAUGCAGUCGUGUAGCAGACUUUGUUUUUCUUCUGUGUCAGUUUGUUCAAUGAUGUGUGAAUGGUGUUAUUGUGCCCUUAGAUCAAAUGGAAGAGGUUCUUUUACUUUUUUUAUUUUUUAAACGGUCAUAUGCAUAUUCCAUGCAUCUUAUUUAUUUGAUAUUCAAAUGCAACAUGUUUUUUGUACUUGAAAGAAAUGCAGAAAAUAAAUCUUUUUGAAAAAUCAA